UGCCCAUUUUCGUCAAAGUAGGCUAUGGGAAAUUUGACAUUCAACCACCGAGAUGAUUAUUUAUUUGACAAAAAUAUCGCCAGCGCGUUGAUACAUUAGUGUUUUUUACCUUUUAUUCAAGUAAAUUAAUUAAAAUGUGGUCCGAUAAUGAUAAUGUUGAUAAUUUUUCAUUUUCCCCCGAAAACUUGUUGCGCCUUGUUCAUCACUUUCCAUAUAAGGAACUCCAAAGUAUCGUCGUGAGAGACAUACAACAGAUGAGGCAAACCUUAGAUUUUCUAUUGAAAAUCACAGCAGCCGAUAUAUUCUAUACAAACGCAAUAUCGAUGAAAUUGACUCUCGACUUUGCUUGCCAAUCACUAUCAUCUUACGGUGAAACAUUUCCUAAAGACGUAUACCACAAUUUACUUAUUGUUUUCAAAAACAUAAUAAUGAGACUAUCAGCAACAGGCAACUUGUACGAACUGUUCCCAGACUUGGAUGUGUUUUCAAUUUGCAAAUUCGUAUCCGAAUUUAAACUAUUUUGCCCGGCCUGCGCGAACUAUUGUGUGUCCAUCAUGCUAUCAGCACCGCUUCUAGUAGCGUCGAGAUACAAAUCAAGUUUUGACCAUUAUUCCUCUCUGGACAAAAUCAUCAUUGAAAUAUUGAAGAAUUUUAGAUCAAUACCAGCCAUCAAUGAAGUUAAUACUGUUUCGGGAUUCAUUCUUUUGAAAUUUCCUUUGGAAUCGCCAGCACUUCAAACAUGUGCCAACUGGUUAUUAGAAGAUUCUACGGAUGUAUUGAAAAACCUACAAAUAGAGGAAAUCAACAUUGACCAUCCAAUUGCCCUUUGCAUAAGAAACAUGUUCACGUUUUUCAUGAGAGUCCGCGGUUCACUGAAAGCGAGCAUUGAAUUGAAAAAGUUUCAAGAUCUUGUUGACAAAUUUUUGAAUAUAUUGUUUGAGGCCGCACCGCAACUGAUUAAAAUUUGUUGCGUGGAGUGCGUGGCUUCAAAUGCUAGAGAACUCUUGGCGGUAGUUUUACAAGAGUUUUUAAGCGAACAAGGAAUACUGUCUGAAGAAAUUGAAAAAACCACUAAAGAAGAGAUCAAUCAAUAUUCCACUAACAUCAAUGAAUGGGCGACAACUUUUACUAAAACUUUCUUCUGGUUGUGUCAUCUUUUAUAUUACAAUAAAAGAUUUGUAUGGAGUACUACCGAAAUCGCUGAAGCCAUAAGCAGAUUCAUCUACAACAAAAAAUACAUGAAAUUCAUGAACGUUAGAAUCCUAAAAUCGAUUUGCUACAUUUAUCCGAUACUUUUAAAAGGCCCGAAACAAGGACGUAAACUGUUCAUUAUCGGCAACGACCUAAUGAUAGUAGCAUCCAACUGUAUUCCGUUAUUUAUAAGGGUUUUGUCUCUAUCGAAAUGGCAACUUUUCUGGUUCUUGUAUAAAGGCCCUUACAUCAUAAAAAAAAUUACCCUAAAAUUUUGGAUCGACAGAGUAACCGAAAAAAAAAUACCCAUUUUGAAGCAAAUCAUUAUCGAUACAAAAUCCGAAUCGGUCUUGUUGGAUCUUUUUAUAACCGCACUGAAAACUAAGAGUGCAACUAUUGGCAGAAUUGCCCAAAUACUUCAAAGUCUUCACAACAUGAAAUUGUUCAAACAAAUCCAAGACUUGAUUCCGAAAUUCAGAAACAACUCCGAGGCAGUUGUUGCUUUAAUUCAAGCAAGUUGCGUUGAUAUUCCCGUUGAAGAUAAAGCACUUGCAGCCAAAAUAUUCAUAAGCAUUUGUCACACGAUGGACAUCAAUCCCAGCAAUGAAGUUUUCAUCAACAUUUGCAAAUACGCCGUAAAUGUUUUGAAGGUUUUAAAAAACGAAGAUACAAUGAUUGAUUCGUUUUGCAAAAAUCAGUUUUUAUUGAGGACUGUGAUUAGCCGAUUGGAAGUGAAGAAUGACAUGGUUAAUUUGGCAGUUUUGAAGUUUCUGACUACACUAAUUAAAUAUCAGAAAAGUGUUUGCUACUUGCCGGAAAAUAUUGUUGUGGACGUGAAACAUUUACUUACUGGUACGAGUGAAGUAGUUGGAGCCACGAUUGCUUUUGUAACUCAGUUAUUGAGUGGAAAAUUGUCUAUUAACUUGAAACAUGAAAACGUGCCUUUAAUUCUUUACGUACUUUAUGAUUUGACUAAUGGGGACUUAUCCGACGAGGCUUACGAUUGUUAUUUUCAAAUACUCAAGUCGUACCAGGUUUCGUCAAGUGAUGUUAUUAAUGCUCCAGUUUUGGGAAUGCUGAUUGACGAAAGGUGUCACUUUUCGAAUAGGCAAAGACAAUCAGCAACUUUCCUAAAAUUCGUCUUGUACUGGAUAAAACGUAUGCGUCUAAAUUCGAACAAAUCUAUUUGCUAUUUACCCAAGGAGUGUACAUUGGUAUCGUUUAUUGAACGAUCAUCGGUGCUUUCAGAGUCUCGGGCACUAAGAUACAAGCAUUACAUAUCUGAGAUUUAUGCUAAAGAUGAUAAGGUGGCCACCAGAAUGGAUUCUAGUCUGUCCCUUUUCGAUAAUUUAUCGAUUUCAGGCGAUAAAAAAUAAUCUUGUUGUUAAAUUUGAAGUUAAUUGUUUCUUAUUAUCAAAUGUUUAAAGUUAUCUUGUUAAAAUUAAAUGUUUAUUUAUUAUUUGAAGUAACAUAAUA